AUUAGAAGAGCAACCCUUUAGCCAACCGUUGCCUCCGGCCAUUGCGUAUACCACUGAUACCACUGUAUUACCGAUCGAUCCAUGGCCACCCGAUUAGCAGAACCUUAAGAAACCCUCUCGUCGGAUCUUUCGCUAGGACACAUUGGAAAUACUGAAAACUGGAAAAAAAAAAUCUCGCUCUAAUUCCUUUACCUAACGAUUAACGACCGACGUACAGGCUGCGUUUUGCUUUGUAGCUGUUGUGGCUCAUGGGCUUUCCUCUAUCCGAACCAUUUGCUUCGGCGACAUGACGUCUUCAAACUCUUUGAGCGUCCCGAAUUCCAUAUCCAUAUCCAUGACCUCGGAAUCUUCGCCUACUCCAGCAUCAGCUCCAGAUUUCGUCCCACCCCCGAACCAGCGUUUGGACGAGAACUGCAGACCCGCCAUCUUUCCAAUUGACCAACAAUCUUGUCUUCGGGAUGGCGAUCCUCUUUCCCUUAGCCCCAAUCGCACGUUGCGAGAUAUGCCGAACAUGCCAUCGAUGAUGGAGAGGCGUUCUGCCUCCGUAAGUCCUCUGAGACUGGCCAUGCCCUUUAUUACGCCGGGUCAACUUGCCUACUCGGCUAUGCAGUUCUUGCCCGUACCACUACUGGUCCUAAAUAACUUAAAGACUGUCGUCUUGGCAAACGAGGCCAUGGGGAAGUUGUUAGGCAUGGUCGGUGAUGCGCCUCCGCCCGAGGACGACCCGGCUGUGCUGUGCGAGAGCCUUCGAGGGCAAACGCUCUCGCAGAUUGGUAUUGACAUGGUUCAGGAUGGGAGACCGGUCUGGAUUUCUUGGGAAUCUUUCUUGGAUGAGUUGAUACUUGAGAUGAGCCCGAAGCAAGAUACCGACACCUUGCCGUCAAAUAAUAAUAACGUAGAUGGAGAGGCCAUACCUACAGCAGACGGUGCGAGAUCGGAGCCCCCCGGUGGCGUUUUGGGUAAGCCGACAACGAAUUCUGUCGUUGACGUGGUAGUGUUACCAAAGAAUUUCGACAUUGCUGGAGUUCCCAGAUCGAAAAGAUCCGAGUACCAAACGUAUGCGAAGAUGAUCAUUUCAAUAUGGGAGAUCGAAAAUCAACAAACCUAUUUUACCCUAACAUUCACCAGCACAGGAUCAUCGCCCCCUCCGUCAACGACUUCAACUAGACGUGUUCGUGUCGCCCGACCAUCCACGCUUGAUGCCGCCGAACGUAGAUCUAUUUUUAACUCCAACCCCCCAUCAAUUGGCUCGGGUCGUUCUUCGAGCUCCCCGUCCUUCGGCGAUAGUCCCUGUUCUAUUUCGGUCUCGUCGGCCUCCUUUCCUCCAAACGGUCCUCCCUCACGUCUAAUUCAAACGAGCACUCCGUCGUACCUCCAGAAGUUGACUAUUAUUAAGGAUGCACUUCUUGACAAGACCGAGACGCCGAUAUUUUCUAUGUGGGUAGAUGGCAGCACCCCUGUUAUGAAUAGAGCUGCUCGGGAUCUUUUUGUGUCGACUACAGGUGGGACUUAUCAAGAUGGAUUUGAUAUACUUCCUAGAUGGGAAGUUUGGGAUGGUGACUUUACCAGAAAAUACAGCCCGUCUGAGAUCCCUAUUGCUGUGCUUAUAAGAGAGAGGAAGCCUUUCUCUUCUUGGAGAAUUGGCAUGCAUGAUAAGAAGAAGGAUAUUCGUCUUGUAUAUGAUGUGUUAGGUGAGCUAAUUACGGACGAUGAGACCGGAGACGUUAUUGCCGGUAUAAUAACCUGUCGCAACGUAACUGGUAUGGCCCAGGAGAUCACAGAAAUCAGGAUAGCGGACAAGGAAAGGUUUCAACUCAUCUGCGAUACAAUGCCGCAAAUGGUCUGGACUACUAGGCCAGACGGAUUGCAUGAUUUCUUCAAUAGCCGUUGGUACGAUUACACCGGGUUGUCGCCGGAAGACUCGAUGGGUAUCAAUUGGAAGUGUGCAUUCCACCCGGAUGAUAUACCGCUGAGCAAGAAGCGGUGGGAGCAUAGCAUAGCUACCGGGGAGCCGUACACCACCGAGUAUCGUUGCCGUAGCAAAGAUGGCGAGUAUAGAUGGAUGUUAGGACGUGCGUUGCCGCUGAGGAACAAACACACAGGGAUGAUUGAAAAGUGGUUUGGUACCUGUACUGAUGUUCACGAGGCCCUCGAGGCGAAGAUGGCCGCGAAGCAAACGAGAGAACAACUUCUCAGCGUCCUUAUACACGCUCAGACUACGAUAUUCGCCGUAGACAACGAUCUCAAAGUUACAAUGCUAGAGGGCGCCUUGACCUGGAACGCUAUGAAAGGUGGUGAUGACCCGGACGGAACUGACCCAGAGACAUACGUCGGAAAGAGCAUCGACACUGUAUUCACCAACUUGAAUCCACAUCUACGCAUAGAUGAGUUUCCCGAAUUUCUCGAACCGUUGAAGCUCGUGUUGGCUGGUGAGCAGACGUCAGAGACAGUACAUGAACAUAAGCUGGACGAUUGCUAUUAUCGUACUAGGUUCUUGCCACACGUAGAUAAGUUCCAGCAGCAUGGCCAGAUUACCGUGUCACACAUCAAAGGUGCCAUUGGCGUCAUCAUGGAUGUUACCGAGUUGAAGAAACGGGAGCAAGAUCUCGAAGUGCAAGUCAAGGAGAAGAGGCAACUUAAGGCCAACGAAGCGGCAGCUAAAGAGGCGAGUCGUCUGAAGAGUCAAUUUUUGGCGAACAUGUCGCAUGAAAUUCGAACGCCUAUCACCGGUGUGAUAGGAAUGGCAGAGCUUCUUCUAGAUUCGUCUCUUGAUGAGGAGCAGCGAGACUAUGCAGAGAACCUUAGUCGAUCUGCAAACGCGUUACUAACCGUUAUUAACGAUAUCCUAGACUUCUCCAAGGUUGAGUCUGGACGGCUUGAUAUUGAGGAAGUCCAGUUCUCUCUUUCUGUUGUGGUACAAGAUGUUUCUAAAAUGCUAAGUUUCGCGGCCGCGAGAAAGAGCCUGGACUUCCGAUCCGAUAUAGCAGCGGAUAUCGAGAACGAUCUUGUAGUUCUCGGAGAUCCCGGCCGCGUCCGACAGAUUAUUACGAACCUUCUCACUAAUAGCAUUAAAUUUACUACCGGCGGCUACGUUAAGUUUUCGGUAGUAAAAGAGAGGGAGACGAAUGAUACCCUCGAGGUCAAAUUUGUUAUUGAGGAUACCGGCAUUGGGAUUGAAGAGGAGGUCUUGAAGCGCCUAUUUCAACCAUUUAGUCAAGGGGAUGCAUCGACAGCUAGAAAAUUCGGGGGAACGGGACUUGGGUUAACAAUAUCGAAAAACCUCGUUGAUCUGAUGCGUGGAAGAAUAACAUUAGAGUCUACGAUUGGCAAUGGCACGACUGCAACUUUUUGGAUACCGUUCAAUAAACCGCAAAAUCCGCAGCGGGAUGGACUUGUCGAUCUUGGUCAUUUACCCGAUCGGUUACAAUCAGAGAUGAGUGUCUCAUGUAAUAGUUCAGAGCACGAACAUUUCUUGGGUGCGCCGUCCGCAGAUAAGGGCCUAUUGGACAAGCCGAGACGGCAUCGGCCUAAGAGGCCAUCUAACCUGCUGGCGCCUUUCACCUACGAAAUUGAAGACCUUCCCAAGUCGGAAAGAGCCAAGGUUCAAAUUCUUGUCGUCGAGGAUAACGCGGUCAAUCAACAAAUCGCAACCAAGACCAUUAAGAAACUUGGCUUUAACGUCUGCGCCGCGUGGAACGGGAAGGAGGCUCUCGAACACCUCGAGGCAUGCAGGGAAGGCAAGCAAAUAAAACCUGAUAUUAUUCUUAUGGAUGUGCAGAUGCCGGUGGUCGAUGGAUAUCAAUGCACACAUAUACUACGACAUCACAUACCAUACAAAGCGUAUACCCACGAUGUGCCUAUCGUGGCUAUGACGGCUUCGGCUAUUCAAGGGGAUAAAGAGAAGUGUAAGAAGGCAGGCAUGGACGAUUACUUAGCUAAGCCUGUUAAGAGUCAUACGCUCGAAAGAAUGCUAGUGAGGUGGAGUAGAUCCCGUCGGAAAGUAGAAUCGAUGUCCUCUUCCUCAGCCAACCAGUCUGUUUCGGACUGUUCGGAAUCGGCAGACAGAUGCGUUAGCACGGGCAUCCCUACCCCUGCUACCUUUGGGUUUACAUCGAUAUAUAAUCCCAAAACUCCAUCGGAACAUUCGCCGCGCCGUGAACCAGAAGGUUCUCCGGAAGACCCUCUCAUGAAUCUUCCGACACCUCGGCCGACUACGACGCGGAAAGGGUCGAACGAGAUGAACCCGUUUUCUUUCGGGAUCUCCCAGCCAUCUAGGUCACUUGAUAGCAAUGAGCUAGCUAUGCAAUUGAGAGAUGAUAAGCUCAUCGAUGCUGCUGAUAGCCGUAAUAAUAUGAAUACCGGAAAGACGUCUAUGCCACACUCUUUCUCCGAAGGCGAUUCCUUAACAGAGGCUAACGUUCUCCUGUUGGAACAAACGGGGAUGAAGGGAUCACCGGGUAGAUCACCCGCUAGGAAGUUAUGAAUCCGAGACAUGCCGUCACGACGAGAGGCGUUUGGGGGAACUUUUCGCUUUGCUUUGCUGUAUUAGGGGGCUUGCAUCGAAGGCUGGCGGGGCCGGGUCAAGGAUUGGAUUAUCCGAUAGGAGCAUUUUAAUGUCUUAAAAAGCGCCAUCUCACGGUUACGAGCACCCCCGAAAUCCGUUUUGUGCAACCGGCGUUAUAGAUGGGGAAUCGGACGCAGGGCCGGCGUUGGCGGCUACGACGACCCCCUCUGCGUUGUUUAAAAUAGGCUCUGCUUGGCGUUUAGGUGGCUGGGUUGGUUGGGGAGGUGAAAAAUCACGCACGUCGCCUCUGCGAGUUGGUUCUAUGUAAACUGCGAGGGCUGAGCGGCAUGGCUUAUGGCUUGUCUGAUUAUUUGUAAACGCGGUACUGCUUGGGCGUACAGAAGUGGCGUCUUAAAUGCUCGGCGACCUACGCACUAUGUGGUGGAUACGCUGUAUAUGCCUAGGUGCUACGUAAUCGUAUUGCUUACCUAGUGAUAAUAAAAGAUAGCUUUAAUGAGUGGUGCGUGAUGUGACUGGUUUUGUACUGGAGGUAAUUAGUACCUAGGUAGGAAAAGGUUCUUGGAAGAGGUGGCUGAGAUAGUUAACAU